CCACAGUGUUACAUUCAUUAAAAAUUAAAAUUCAAAGAGCUUAUUUAUGGUCCUUAGCUCAAAAGACAUGAGCAAACUUAAGGGGAGGUGCUUUCUUAUUCAGCUAGUCUGUGUCAGUACUUUCUGAUCUUGCUAUCCUCUCUGCGCUCCCAUUCCCUGUCAUCAAAGAUGUAAACCAUUUAAAUGGCUUGGAAAAAUGUGCUUUCUAUUCUUCUAAAACGAUGCAGGGAUUUUACAAAACAGCUUGCCUCAGACAGCAGGAAACUGUAAGCCCGUUUGUACACAUCCGGUUCUCUAAACAGAUGACAUGGAGUUAUUUGAAAUAUUAAUUUCCAUUUAUCUUUCAGGUGCAGUCCAGGUCAGUCUGAGCAUGCAGUCCUUGACCGAGGAGAUCCAAAAUUUCUCUCGGACGCGGCUGAGGAAGCAGUGCACCCGUGUGACCUCACUGAGUGGCCGUCGCAUCAUUGAGACUUGGAAGGGUUCAACAAUCACUGUGGUCGAAGACCCUGCCCCCCCUUCAGAGAAGAUGCUGGGAUAUGUCCCUGACACUUCCUGGGACCUGCAGGUUGGCAUUGUCAAGCCCUUCCUCCUACUGGGUUCUCAGGAUGCUGCACAUGACUUUGGCACGCUGAGAAAACACAAGGUGUCUCACAUCCUGAAUGUGGCCUUUGGGGUGGAGAAUGUCUUUCCGGACCUGUUCAUCUAUAAGACUGUCAGUAUUCUGGAUCAUCCCGACACCGAUCUCCUCCCUCACCUCCAGGAAUGCUGUGACUUCAUCCAGCAGGCUCAGACUGAGAAAGGCGUGGUGUUGGUCCACUGCAACGCUGGGGUGUCACGUGCACCGGCUGUGGUCAUUGGCUACCUGAUGUCAUGCGAUGGCCAGUCUUUUGAUGCUGCCCUCUCAUUGGUCAAGUCAGCUCGCCCCACCUCCUCACCAAACCCCGGCUUCCUGGAACAACUGAGGAACUACAAAACACCAGCAACGAAUGGGUCCUGAAGUACAAAGACAAAAUGUUAGUUUAGUUAAAGUAGUUUAGUAUAAAAACACAUUUGGGAUUAUUAUGAUGUAUGGUCUGUUUUUUUUAAGGAGAAGAGGGCUGGCUUAUCCAGAGGUACCAUCCAAUUAAACUUAUAAUCAUUAUUCAUCAAAAUUUCCAGCAUGUUUUCUCUCUUUCCUCUUCAUUGAGACAUGAUUUACCUCUUU